GAAUUCUCGGCAGGGCAGUUUACCUCCGGUCAGCCGACAAGUCGCAAGCACUACUCCGUUUUUGUUUACUCUCGCGGCGCUCGACAACCGAUUGUCGCUCUCUUUCGUUUCUCGUGCUAUCAACCGAGCGAACAAACAAUAGUACGGGCUUGUUCGCCGGAGACAACAUUCGCGCGCGUGAGCUGCACUUGCGAGUGAGAUGUUAAGAACACGAGCGACGACUACGACGACGAUAUGGGUGCUGUUGGGCAUAAUUGUAGCACUCGAAGCGACACCCGAUUACACGGGUUUGACCGGUCCGUACUGCGAGACCCGUUAUCGCCAAAUGAGAUGCUGCGAGGGUAGAAAAGACGACUGCAGCGUACCGAUCAUGGGCACUCUGUGCUACUGCGACGAGUUCUGCAACGCCAGGAACAGAAGUCGAUCCGAGGACUGUUGUCCGGAUUACUUGCCGCACUGCCAUGGCGAGGCUCCCACGGCUAUUAAUACUCAGCUGUGCAAUCACAAGGGAAGGUCUUAUUAUCCUGGGAACAAGUUCAAAGAAAACUGUAACAUUUGCGAGUGUACGUCUUUGGAAGGCAACUCCGAAAUCAUGUGCGAAGACAAUCGCUGUCUGAUGGAUCAAGACCUCAUCGAUAGGAUCAAUUAUGUCGAAACUGCAGGAUGGAUGGCUAGGAAUUACUCGGAAUUCUAUGGGCAUACUCUCAAAGAGGGUUUGCAGAAGAGAUUGGGUACCGAAAACCCGACGUAUUCGGUAAUGCGGAUGAACGCAGUGCGUCGCGUGUACAAUCCCGACGACCUUCCCCAAGAAUUCGACUCCCGACAAAGAUGGCCACGCCACAUUAGACCAGUUCACGAUCAAGGUUGGUGCGGUGCUUCUUGGGCGAUUUCCACCGUCGACGUUGCUUCCGAUCGCUUCGCCAUUAUGAGCAAGGGCACCGAGAAUCCACAGCUGAGUGCUCAACACCUGAUCUCGUGCAACAAUCGGGGGCAGCUCGCUUGCAACGGCGGCUACCUCGAUCGUGCUUGGCUGUUUAUGCGCAAGUUCGGAUUGACCGACGAAGAAUGCUAUCCGUGGAUAGGCCACGGCGAGAAGUGUAGAGUGCAGCGCAGGGGCAAAUUGUCGGACGCAAACUGCAAGAGGCGACACUCGUACGCGCUGAGAAACGAGCUGUACAAGGUUGGCCCGGCUUAUCGACUUGGCAACGAGACCGACAUUAUGCACGAGAUCCUCACCUCCGGACCCGUCCAAGCCACAAUGAUGGUUUACCAAGACUUCUUCCACUACGAGUCGGGUAUCUACAGACACUCGCGACUGUCCGAGAUGUAUCCCACCGGAUACCAUUCUGUGAGGAUAAUCGGUUGGGGCGAGGAACCCUCAUCCUUCACUGGUACACUCAUCAAGUUCUGGCGUGUGGCCAACUCUUGGGGACGAGAAUGGGGAGAGGACGGUUACUUCCGAAUCGUUCGUGGCACGAACGAAUGCGAAAUCGAGCAGUUCGUACUGGGCGUCUGGGCCAAAACAGUCUGAACUAACGAAGCCGUUGCUGUGUGCGACAAUCGACGUCGAGCAUCACGAUCGAGAUAAAACAGAAAACAAAAUACUUGUGGCGGCCGUUGUAAUCUUGGCGUUCUAUUCGUAUCUUUCCAGAUACACGGAUAUUCUUUUUAUCACAUGUGAUUGUUUCGUUGGACUUUCGACGUAUCGAAAGACCAGUAAAGUCGUAAUUAAGCGUAUUACCGUAUGUUCUCUCUCUCUCUCUCCCUCUCUCUCUUUCAUUAAUCGUGUUAUUACUUAACGCGUCAUAUUCUUCGUUUCUUUCAUUUUUCCAUCGCGGUUAACGAGUACUUGCGAUUCACUUUUCUUUUAUUUUGUAAAUGUCAUUGUAGAGAGUUUUGAGAUGAAACCCGGUAAUUUAGUAUUGUUCGGGAUGUAUUUAUUAAUAAUGCUACCAUAGUUGAAAAAUUAAUGCAUGUCUAAUUUUAAAACUUACCUCCGUUUCUUAAUUUUUUUAUUUAUUUAAAAAAAAUGUAUUACUUGCGUAUUAUUAGUCAUUUACGAUUGUAAGUGUACUCUAAUAAAAUGAGAGCUUUUUUUCGAUGUUUUUUAAUUAUGUACAGAAUAAAGUUUAUCUU